UCAUAUCAGUAACAGCUAUCUCUCUAUCAGCGAUCAGUACCAUCUAAUAAGGGAAAAGCGCUUUCAAGUCGUUGUGAUCGCACUUCUCUCACCAUCGUGGGCUUGAGAGAUUGAUGUUGUGCUGUGUGCGAUGAAUGAAAUCCAAGUUUUGCGUAACAAAUUCGCCCUGAACCCACAUCCAUUCUACAUAGUACUAGGCUUGCAAGAGUGCAUAACAUCAGUGUGUUUUGGUUUAGCGUUGAAUGUGUUGCUGGCGCAAGGUUACGCGUUUUUCAAUACAAAUUUGAAUGCGCGUUAAUUACAAAAUAGGUACGCGUACCCAAAUGCAUUUCAACAGUGCCAGCGAAAGGAAUGAUAGCUUAAUUUUACCACUCUUUCCUGUGAAUUGACUUUUGAAUGGAAAUUGAGAAGAAAUGGAUAAUCACGCACG